AACAUUUUCCCUGUCCAGGAAUUGCUUGAACUAGGUGAGGCAGUCGGAAGCCAGAAUCGAGGGCUCUCCCAAGAACUCAUCUCUUUGCUUCCUGUCUCAAGAUACAGGCGUUGCAUCUUCGCGAGAAGGAAAUCAAGAACCGAAAGCUUUAGGUGUGUAAUUUGCCAAAUGGAGUACAAGCGAGCUCAGAAGCGCAUCACGCUACCGUGCAAGCACAUCUACCACGCCAGCUGCAGUACUAAAUGGCUAAGCAUCAAUAAGGCAUGCCCCAUAUGUUACACCGAGGUGUUCAGUGGCGCACAUCAAACGUCAAGAAAUAAGCAAACCUGA